UGCGGAUGAGCUGAGAAUAUGGGUAGGCCUCAAGUUGAUGCGAACAGGGGAUGGAUGAAGCCCCAAUAAGAGAGAAAGAUGCAGAAGGUUGCAGGAGGUCACAAAGGUAAGCUGACGUGGAUGUGGGAGGAUACAGAGCGCAUACACAUUUGCUCUCAGACAAAGAGGAGGGCACCCCUGAAGGCCGAGACUCACACAGAUGCACACACAUCGUCUCUCCUUGCUGUGGGGACGUCCUGCCAAAGUUGAUGCGGCGGCCAAGAUGAGGAUUCACUGCUGGACUCACAGGACGCAAUAACAAUGGGAGACACACAAAGGACUACACAGACCCUGUCAUUGGGAUAACAGUGUGUUUUAUUCAUUGUGUGACCCUGGGAAGUUACUUACAAGCCUGUAAAGGGGAACAAGAACAGAAAUGUACAAGCAGUUUUGCUAUGCUGGAUGGACUUCAGUGGAACUUAUUGACCCAGAGGCAACAAGUGGGUAAAACUGAAAGAGACUGUUACCAGUGAGAUUAAUCUUUCUCAUAUGUAACAUUUUAAAGUCAGUGUUUUUGAUUUAACACUCCAAGGCAGGUUUCUGUAUCUCUUUAUUUACAUAGAGACAACAACAUUUUUGCUGAGGAUUGAAGACGUACUGUAAUUUGAGCGAGCACUGAUGGCUGAGAUUCCAUUACUAGAUCGCGUUUUGAAGCACUGUGGUUUGUCUGUGUGUGAACUGACUUUGGACUCAUUGUGCUGGGGUUUCUGGGGUGUCACAAAGAGAGAUGGAGAAAAAAGGAGACAAGAUGUAAAAAUAAAUUGGGAAUGAGAGGAUGUUGCUACUAUUUGGAUUUUUCUUCUCAAGAGUACAUCGACAUUGACAUUUAUGUUGACCUGCUUACGCACAUUUCGGAAACAUGUUCUUUCUCUAGUUGUUCAGAAUGAUAUGAUUUAGAAGACAUCAUGCCACCUAAAAAAGGUGAUGCAAAAUCAGCUGCCAAGAAAGGCAAGUCAGAGGAGCCAAAGAAGGGAGGAAAGGUUGAUAAGAAGGGAGGGAAAGAUGACAAUAAAGGGGGAAAGAAAGCAGAGGAGCCACCAGCUAAGGGGAAAGGGAAGGAUGAUGGAAAAAAGGGAAAGGGAAAGAAACCUGUCAGCGAGUCAGAGGAGGGGUCAGAGGAAGAAGAAGAGGAGAUGAAGACUGAGGAAGAAAAUAGUGAUGACAGUGAGAAAGAGGUAGUUACGGCGAAGGAUAAAGGGAAAGGGAAAGGGAAAGCAGCUCUGAAAGGUGCCUCCAAGGCCAUUGCUGUAAAGGGAUUUAAGCCUCCUAAACACUUACCUCCGUCUGAUGAUGAUGAGGAGGAGGAGGAAAAGACAGGGAAGGCAAAGAUGAAUAAAGGCAUGGGAGCAAUAAACCUGAAGAAGAUGAGUGAUGUCAACAUCAAAGGAGCCUCACGGGCCAUGAUGGGCUUUGCUUCAGAGGGACAGAAGAAGGGUGCAAGUGCAGCAAAAGCACAAAAGAAACCAGAUGUCAGUUCCAACCUCAAAGGAGCCUCCAAAGCCUUGACAGGCCUUACAGGAAAGUCCUCUCCUUUUAAAAUGCCCUCUAAACAGCAGGCAGAGAUACCAAAACCAAAGAGGAACCUCAAGAGUACCUCCCGUCUCUUCCUACGACUCUCCAAGAAAAAGAAGCCACCUGCUGGUGUUAAACCACUACUGGGAACCAGCAAGCUUUUUGCUGGGUUUGGGGAUAAAUCAUCUUCCGCUGAUAAAAAGCCUGGUCUGUCAGGCUUCAGCUUGUUUAAUAAAAAGAAUGAUGCUCCAAAAGAAACCACACCACCUAAGAAGACAUUAAAUUUAUCUGGCUUAGGGGCCCAGGGGAAAAUGGCGUCAGAGGCAAAGGGACUGGGAGGAAAAUUCAAAGGCAUGUUUGGGAAAAAGAAAGCAGGAUCAGGGUUUCAGUCUAAAGGCCGGAUUUUAGGAAGGAUGGCUGCAGUAUCUAACUGGUUGACAGGGAGGUUCCUGACUGCUAAGGGCCAAGGUCGACUAGGGGGACGAGCAGGAAGACAUGGACGGAAGAGUCUGUCAUUUGCUAACAGAGACACUAGAGGGAGACAGACUCAUUAUUACAAUGAGGGCUAUGAGUAUGAUGAUGAGUAUGGAAAUGAGGAAGAUUACCACGACAGGACGAGACCUAAUGGCUACCUGAGGCAAUCUAUGACCUACGACCCAUAUGACCCUUAUGGAGAUGACCUAGAUUACUAUGAUGAUGAUGAGUGGGAAGAUGAAUAUGGUUACUAUGAUGAUGAAGGCAACUUUUAUUAUGAUGAUGAAUUGUACUACGAGGACAAUGUGGAUUACUACCCUUAUGGCUAUGAUGAGUAUGAAGAUUACUAUGGCGAUGAAGAGACGGAGUAUUACUAUGGUGAAGAUGGAAUGCUGUAUGUAGUGGAGCCAGAGCCAUAUGGUUACUAUGGUAAUGUCAUGGAUGAUUUCUAUGACCCACAUGACCCUGAGCUGUACGGAGAUUACUUUGACCACAAUAUGGGUUAUAACUAUGGGAUGUCAGACCCAUAUGUCAUGAUGACCGGUGGUUAUGAUGUUGUUUCCGGCCUAUAUAAUGACCCAAUGCUGGGAUAUACAGAGCCUGCUGGUGUGUAUAACCCCUAUCAGCAACCUUUCUAUAUGGAAGCCGGGCUGGAUCCAGCGGAGACAGGACAGCUAUAUGGACAGGAGCAGCUGUCUUACCCUCUUGCUGAGUCAUUUUCAGCAGAGCAGUUCAGGGUCCCCAGGCCCCAGGUUAGGCUAUUUGGAAAAGACAGAAUUGAGGUAGAAACCCUGCCACCUCCUCCUCCUCCUCCUCCUCUUCCUUCUCAUCUCUCCUCCCCAAUGUUUCCCCCUCCUUCCCCAGCUCUUGACCUCAACAAUCUGGAAAUGAUGUCAGAUAUACAAUAUGAGCAGCCCCUUCCCACAUACUUUCCUGCACAGUUUCACUACCCCACUGUUGUGAACAAACAACAAACCCCCAUUCUUCACAGACAAGCCCAGACGCCAACAGCUAUGAGUCAUCAACAGGAGCACUUCCAUCUCUCUCAGCCUACUCACCCUCCUUUCUCUGUUUCUCUCAGUCACAUGUCGCCAUCCCCCCUACCACAUCAGUUGGCCUCCCAAGUGUACCAACCAUCCCUCCCCCAAGACUCACAAAUGUUCCAGAUGGGGCAAAUGUCACCAAUGGUCACACAAAUACAUCCACCAAUGCCUCCACUGAUGCAUUCUACACUGCAUUCACCAGUGGCCUCCCCUAGGCCAAUGCGACGAAUGAGUCCCCUUCCAUCUCCACAGCUGUCACAUAGGCCAGGAUCAUUUAGAGCAAUGGCACCUCCCACACCCCACUUCUCGACACAUCACAUGGACAUCCAAACAGGCAUCCAGCAAGACCCCCAUCUCUCCCCUCGCUUACAUAGGAGAGGACUCACUCACCGAGCCUCAAUGGCCGGCCAAAUGCAGGCUUCACCAAGCCCACCUGCUUCUUCAUCACACCAGAGGAGAGGGAUGUCAGUUAGAGCUCAGCCAUCCCUGUCAAGAGGAAUGGGGCGAGCUGGGUUCCGCAGGGCAUCAUCAACUGUCCGACCCCAAUCCCCCUUUUCUAGCCCCCUAGCGUCACCCCGGGGAUCACUAAGGAAACGAGCAAGCCCACCACCUUCCCCGAGACUGUCUUUCAUUCAGCAACCCCCUCCUGCUGCGCCUUUGCCACCUACCAGACCACAUUUGUUUAAAGGUAGAAAACAAACAUCCAAGUUGAGGCAUUCCCCUUCUCCUCCCCUAUCAUCCCCACAAAGACAGAGCCCGCCUCUACCUGAGAGAUCUCAGUCCCCCCCCCAAACCUUCCGCCCUACUUCCCCCCAUCGUCCUCCCUCUCCUUCCCCAUCACGGAUCACCAGUCGCCCCCUCCCCAUCCGGUCCUCUAUUCGCAGGCUGAGAGGUGGUGCUGGAGGCCGAAAUCCUGUGCCCAUGGGGGCCGUGAAACCCUACCCAGCUAAUUCCUUCUCCCAGAGAAGCAGUAGACAUGGACCCCCUGUCACUCAGCAUGUAGCCCCAUUCAGGUCCUCUAUCCAUAGUGGCCCAGUCCCUCCCUCAGGACAGUUAGGGGGUGUAGCUGGAACUCCCAUGUUAGCCAGGGCGGGCUCCCGACCUACAGGGUUAAGGGAGUCAAAGCGAAUUGGUACUCCCCAAAGAGGCUUUCACAGACCUGUAGGUAGGGGGCAGCCGCUUGUCCGUAUGGCCAGAAACCAACCUUCUCGUCAAUCUAAGCAGUCAUUCAGAGCUCCACCUCCAGUGCCUCCGGUCUCUCCACAGCCUUCUUUGAAACAUAGUCGUCCUCGUUCUCCCCAGCCAUCAGUACAUAGGCUGCAAAGCAGACCUUCGUCUCCACAACCACUGCCACGUACAUCUCCUCUGCCUUCCCGUUCAGCCUCUCCCAUGCACCGUAUGUCUCAACCAUCGUCUCCCUUUCCCCACAGGGCUAUGAGUCCCCAGAGUCCAGGGCCAUCAUCUUUUCAACCUCCAGUGUAUCACCCCAGUCUUCCUGGUACUAUCCAACCAUCACAAACCGUUACCCAGUAUGACUACACAAUGAUGGAGCCGGGCCCAUCCCCAAUGCUUACAAAUGCUUUACCAACCCAUCAGGGGGUAGGUGCUUCCUUUCUUCCUUCUCCUCUUCCCUCCUCCAUCCCUUACUCCAACACUGCUUACUCCUCUCCUUUACAGAGACCCUAUUCCCCCCAAACACAGUAUGAAGUCAACCCCCAAAACCCCCCUCAAUCUUCACCCUCAUCACCUUAUCUAGGGCGUGCGCUCCAGAACCCUUAUCUGCAGAAUGCCAGCUACACAACUACUUUACAGAGAAGCUCUUCCCCCUUACCUGGUGGCCAGGAGGAUGUAUCAGCUGAUGUUCAUUUGAGCCAGGAAGGAAGCCCAUAUGCCAUUCCUGGUCUAUCUAAUGCUUUGACGCAGAACUCCCACCUGCGCAGCGCCUCCUACUCAUCUCCUCUACAACGCAAUGCCAAUGUCUAUACAACUGUCCUCUCACCCCCACAGGCAGCAGCCUCUUUUGUUCCCUCUGUACCCUCCUCCCCACACUUGUCUUCUGCUAUGCUUACCUCCCAGCUACGUAAUGCUUCCUUUGUCUCACCCCUUCAGCGACACUUAUCCCCUGCCUUUCCCGCCUCUCCUCCCACCACACCCCAACAAGUUACUGUAAGAGGUACCUCUUCAUUUCUCUCUGGUGGACUGCGGACCUCUCAAAUUCAGGGAUCCAUGUUGAGACUUCCAGGUGGCACUUUGGCAAUGUCUGGGAGACCUGUUCAGUCUCCAGUUGGUGGUGGGAAGCUAUCUCCCUCUGUGCUCUCCAAUGCCCUUCAGAACCCUAGCCUACGUCAGGCCACCUAUCGAUUACCUGAUGGCUCAUUGGUCACCAGAACGGAACCUGCUGAGCCUUCCCAAAGUCCAUUGCCCCUCUCAGCCUCUAUGCUGUCCUCUGCCUUGCUCAAUCCCAGUUUGCAACAGGCCACAUAUCGUUUGCCUGAUGGCACUCUUGUAACCAGGACAGAACCCACACCUGUACACUCCCUUUCCUCACCUAUGCUUUCCUCUGCACUGUUAAACCCCAAUGUACGUAGAGCCACAUAUAGGCUACCAGAUGGAACUUUGGUUACAAGAAACGAGCCAGCCCCUGAGCAUGUAACCCCUUCAUCUUCUAUGCUGUCCUCAGCGCUUCUCAAUACUAAUAUUCGUAAGGCCUCUUAUCAAUUACCAGAUGGUUCAAUUCUAACAAAUCCGGUAGAGGAGACACAGAAUGUUGUGAGCGCAGUAUCAUCACCGGGGCUAUCAAGUGCCCUGAUGAAUGCUAACCUGCGUAAGGCAAAGUUUCAACUUCCAGAUGGAUCAUCAUUGUUUUCACGGAACCAAACCCAAGCAUCCACCUCUGCCUCCUCUGGUCCUAACCUUUCUGGUGCAAUGUUAAACACCAACCUCCGAGGUGCCUCCUACAGACUCCCAAGCACAUCACUUCUGAGGCAGCCUAGUUCUGCUGAUACAUCUGAGCCACGAUCCCUUGACCUCUCCAAUGCUCUCCGCAACCCGAACCUCCGCUCUGCCACUUACCGUCUGCCUGACGGAACUCUGAUGUCUCGCUCUCAGCCCACUACAGCACCUCGAACACUUGACUUGUCUAAUGCUUUGUCAAAGAACCCAAACCUUCGUGGGGCAAAUUACCGUCUCCCUGAUGGCAAUAUCAUGACACGGCUUGGUGCACCUAGCACCCCAGAACCUCGCUCACUUAAUCUCUCUGGUGCCCUGCAGAACACUCACCUCCGGGGAGCCUCUUUCCGCCUACCCUCAUAUGCUGUAGUGUCCCCCCAGGUCCAGGGAUCUGGCCACGAACAGCACUGGGCACAGGGCCCUGGAGGUGAAGGCUUAGGUCCGCCACAAGACAUGGAUGUGUGGGGUGCAGAGAGGGUUCUACCUCACGGCACAGUUCAGAAUCUCAAUAAGUGGUCCAUGUAUAGAGACGGGGAGCUGCUGGACCCCCAAAGCCUGACGGUACAGAGACACAUGGGGAAUGAACCAGGGGAGUGGGAUCUCAGCAGGGAGGGGGAACCCCAGGGCCACUGGUUUGACAAGAUGUACUCAAUCAGAAGCCUGCCAACCAUGGCUCCCCGGGAGCAACGAGAGGAAGAUGGAGUGGAAGAUAUGACACAGUUAGAGGAAAUGAAUGAAGGGUCUGUUUUGCUGAACCUGAGGAAAAGAUCUGAGAGGGAGCUUAUUUAUACAUACAUAGGUAGUAUUCUGUUGUCUGUGAAUCCCUACAAGAUGUACAAUAUCUAUGGCACGGACAUGGUGCUGCUGUACAAGGGUCGUGCUCUCGGAGAGUACCCUCCGCAUUUGUUUGCCAUAGCAAACGCUGCUUAUUCCAAAAUGAUGGAUGCCAAACACAACCAGGUCAUAAUAAUCAGUGGGGAGAGCGGGUCUGGAAAAACAGAGGCUACCAAACUAGUCCUUCGCUUCCUAGUAGCAAUACAUCACAAAUGCAAUCUUGCGCAACAGAUACUUGAGGCAGCUCCUCUGCUGGAAUCUUUUGGAAAUGCCAAAACUGUACGGAACGAUAAUUCCAGUCGCUUUGGGAAAUACAUAGAGGUCUUUCUGGAGGAUGGUGUGAUCAGUGGUGCCAUAACGUCUCAGUAUCUACUGGAAAAGUCCCGUAUCGUCUUCCAGGCCAAAGAUGAGAGGAACUAUCAUAUCUUCUACGAGAUGCUGGCAGGUCUUCCCUCGCAGCAGAGGCAGGCUCUUUAUCUGCAAGAGGCUGAGACCUACUAUUACCUCAACCAGGGAGGGGAUUGUGGGAUAACAGGAAAGAACGACGCAGAGGACUUCCUGCGUCUGCUCGCUGCCAUGGAGAUCCUUCACUUCACCCCUGACGACCAGUCAUCUAUCUUUAAAGUUCUUUCUUCCAUACUGCACCUGGGCAACGUCUACUUUCAGAAAUAUGAGGCCGAUGGCCAGGAGGUGGCGUCAGUGGUGAGCGCUCAGGAGAUCAGAGUGGUGGCGGAGGUGCUGCAGAUCUCGCCAGAGGGACUACAGAAAGCCAUCACCUACAAAGUCACAGAGACAAUGAGGGACAAGAUCUACACCCCGUUGACUGUGGAAAGUGCUGUUGAUGCCAGAGAUGCUGUUGCCAAGAUCCUGUACUCGCUACUCUUCCAUUGGUUAACAGAAAGGAUCAACGCUCAGGUGUAUCCCCGCCAACACACCGUCUCCAUCUCCAUCCUGGACAUUUACGGAUUUGAGGAUCUGGCCUUCAACAGCUUUGAGCAGCUUUGCAUUAAUUAUGCAAACGAGUACCUGCAGUUCUUCUUCAACAGGAUCAUAUUCAGGGAAGAACAGGAGGAGUACAGCCGAGAAGAGAUCCCCUGGCAGGACAUCCCAUUUAGUGACAACCAGCCCUGCAUUGACCUCAUUGCUGCUAAGCCUCAUGGGAUACUGAGGAUCCUGGAUGACCAGAGCUGUUUCCCACAGGCGACAGACCACACGUUCCUCCAAAAGUGUCACUAUCACCAUGGCAACAACCCACUGUAUCUGAAGCCAAAGAUGCCCCUCCCAGAGUUUACCAUCAAGCACUUUGCUGGCCGGGUCAACUACCAGGUUUACAAGUUCCUCGAUAAGAACUACGAUCAGGUCCGCCAGGAUGUCCUGGACCUGUUCAUUCAGAGCAAAAACAAGAUGGUGUCAAAUCUCUUCCUGGUUCACGCAGAGGUCACGGGUCAGCAGAGAAGUGGUCACAUGAGGAAGAGCAGCACGGUCACCAGAAAAUACCAAGCUCCCACCGUCAGCAACAAGUUCCAACAGUCCCUGCUGGAGCUGGUGGAGAAGAUGGAGAGGUGCAACCCUUAUUUUGUCCGCUGCAUUAAGCCAAAUAAUAUGAAGCAACCAGGUGUAUUUGAGGAGGACCUGGUCAGCAGCCAGCUAAGACACUCAGGGGUCCUGGAGACCAUUAGGAUCCGUAGAGAGGGGUAUCCUGUCAGAAUGCCAUUUUACAACUUCCUAUUCAGGUAUAAGUCUCUGGUAGGGAUACGAGAGCCUCCAGCAGCAAAUGGAGAGAACUGUGUGAUAAUGCUCAGUAAACUGUGUCUUCUCAGACCAGGAGCAUACCAUGUUGGAGUCACAAAGUUUUUUCUGAAGGAGGAUAUCUACCAGUUGUUGGAGUCUAAGCGUGAACGCGCCCGUCACCUUGCUGCUCUCACCCUGCAGCGUUACACCCGGAUGUUCUUCGUCAGGAAACGCUUCGUGGCCUUACGCAAGAAGAUCAUCGGGCUGCAGGCACAGUGCCGAGGCUUCCUCACAAGGAAGCACUAUAUGAAAAUGAGGGAGAGUCUAGUUCGGUUCCGCUCUCUCGUCCACAUGUAUGUCAACCGCAAGCAAUACAUCAAGAAGAAGUUUGAAGCCCAGAGGAAAGCUGAAGAGGAUAGGAGGAAGAGAGAGAUGGAGCUGACCAAGAGGGAGGUGGUGAACGUCACGCACUUGGUGAUCCCUGCAGAGCUCGGCAUGUUACUGCAGACAGCAGGAGUCAAGAGGGAGUUGCACUCAGACUGUCUGGCUCUGCUUCAGGCUCCUCAUAUCCAGGAAGAGGCUCAACUCACUCUGCCUCUGGACAUCAACAACUACCCGUUUUAUCGCUAUGUGCAGAUCCACUAUAGGGAACCAAAGUUUGGGAUGUUGAGUGCACCUCUCGAGUCACCGCUGACCCGUGUAGAGGAGGAUCUGAGAAGAGAAGCUCUGGAGCUCUUCAUCCUGGUAUUACGAUUCAUGGGGGACCCUCACCUGAACGGUGCGCAGGAAAACAUGUUCGGGAAUUACAUCAUCCAAAGGGGCCUGUCUUCUCCAGGGUUACAGGACGAGAUCCUGGCUCAGGUCGUCAACCAGGUGUGGAGGAACGUUAACGCCGACAACGCUGAGAGAGGCUGGCUGCUGCUGCUGGCGUGUGUCUGCAGCUUCGCCCCGUCGCCCAAGAUGGACAAAUAUCUACUGAAGUUUGUAUCUGACCACGCCCCUGCUGGUUGCCAGGCAUUGCUGCAACACCGACUCAUCCAAGCCAAUCAGAAGACACAACUAGGCUCAGGCUCCCCCCCCGAGACUGCACGGACCUAUCCGCUGUCGCUGCUGGAAUGGACGGCCAAUAGGAAGAAAGCUAAUAUGGUGUUGCAGGUGCACUGUUUUGACGGGCGAUCAUUUCUUUGUCCGGUCCAUUCCUGGACCAGUGGAGAGGAUUUAGCAGGGCACAUACUGCGCCACAGGGGAGUGUUGGACUGGUGGAGGGGGAGUUCAAUUCUGAUGAGGGAGCACGGCCAGUGGGUGGAGUUAGCGGGUCACGACUAUGUGAUGGACCUGAUUGCAGACCUGGAGCUUCCCACUGACUUCCCAAAGCAGAAGAGCUACUUCAUCAUCAGCACUGACGACCCAGCCGGAGUCCGGGCAAAUGCCAGCAUUGCUUUGUUUGGCAGUGGCUUUGAGUCAGAUGAGGAGCUUCCUCCUGCCUUUCCUCUCCGUAGCAGCAGACCGGCCUACAGCCUGCCUGACUCUGAUGGUUACCACAGCCACGAUUCAGAUGCGUUCAGUGACGGUCAGACUCAGAGAGGAAUGGACCGCUACCUGGACAGUCUGUUUGACCCUGUGCUGUCAGACAGCAGCAUCGACAUGGAAAAAACUGGAAGUUUGUCAGCAAGGAUGAAGGGAGGAGGAGGUAUAGGCAUCCCAGGAGGAGGAAGAGGAGAGGGGGAGAGUCAGACGUCCCCCAGCCGACCUUAUCCACCAGGAAUACAUCCUGGAGCUGUGCCAGUGCUUCCAGUAGCAGGAGGAAUGAUGCCACCAAUCCCCACCAUGCCAAUCCCCUCCCACCACCAUCACCAUGAACAGCACCAACAACAGCAGCAGCAGCAGGAACCUCCACAACAACCACCACAAUACCACCAAUACAACCUUCCCAAACACACCUACAACCAGCAGACUUCUCCUACCGUCACUUCUCCCACGCGUGUAGCGCUCACCCCAUCACCCACUCGCGCCCCCGCUGCUGAUAGAGAUAAUGUAGCAUCCCAUGUUACUGGCGGCACCGGUCUGCCGGGGGUGCCCUCGCUCCCUGCCACGCCUGUGGUUCCAGGCUUGCCUGUGAUGACAGGUGUGCCAGGAUCGGAGCAGACAGUACUGACUCAACAGCAACAGGCCAUCAUCAACCAGCAAGCCAUCAUUCUGGCCCAGCAGAUGACCUUACAGGCCAUUGCAAUCCAGCAGCAGAUGUUGUCCUCUUUUCCCCCCGCUGCCCCGGCGCCCCAGUCACCGCCCUCACAGCAUCACACACACUUGCCACAACACUCUCACAGAACCAGCCCUACCAAAGAGAGUGAAGAGUCGCCGUACAAGCCUGCUGCGGUUCAGCGAAAAAUGAGUCCAACCCGUGGCCCCCCUCCUGGCGACGUGGUCCGAUCCACCACGAGUAACACGGAGCGCAUCGAUCCCAGCCACGAUAUCAAAGACAUCAUCAAACAGCACCAGCCAGCUGACACAACAACUUCUACUGGUCCUGCAACACAAAGGAAAGAUAAUGGGAAGCUGUUUGCGAAGAAGUCAGACCCGCAUGAUGAAGCUAUGGAGAUCCUUAAAGAUCAGAUUACAAACCCACCCCAACCGACUCAAAGGAAGCCUCCACCCUUGCAACGUAAAGAAGAGGGAGGAGUUAAGGUUUCCAAGACGAGUCAAGUCUCCAAGUCUCGCCCUGCAGGGGGAACUAGCUCCAACAUAAGCCCUGCCCCUCCUGCAGUCUCUAGAGAGUUGCCAGUAGAGGAGGAGAUCAUUCAGACUCAACUCCACAGCAGGACCAGUGAUGAAUAUUACACAUACUCCAACGUCCCCUGGAAACUCUACAUGAGGAAAGAGGUUUUCUAUCCUAAAGAGACCUUCAACAGUCCACUGGUUCUGGACCUGAUCUUCAGACAGGUUGUACAUGACACCCUCUCAGACGCCUGCAUUCGUAUCACCCAGGAGGAGAGACAGAAGAUGAAAGCUUUAUUUGCUGAGAACAACGUGGAUCAGCUGUCCACAACGCAUGAUGAGAAUAUGAAGAAGAAAGUAGUCGCCGUGGCCAGAGACUCGUGGGAUAUAUACUUCUCCCGUCUCUUCCCAGCCUCUGGCAGUGUGGGGACAGGAGUGCAGGUGUUGUCUGUGUCUCAUAAAGGCAUCAAGCUGCUGAAGAUGGUGAGGAGCAGCUCAGCUGCUCCAGACUACUUCAGAGUGCUGAGGCCUUACAGCUACUCGGACAUCCUGUUUCUGUCGAUUCCGUCUAAGAACAUGCUAGAGUUCAACCUGACCAACGAGAAGCUGAUCCUGUUCUCGGCCAAGGCCCCACAGGUCAAACACAUGAUCGACUACUUCCUCACAGAGCUUAAGAAGGACUCGGAGUACGUGGUGGCGGUGAGGAACUUCAUUACUGAGGACAGGAGUCUGCUCAGCUUCCACAAAGGAGACAUCAUCAGACUGCAACACAUGGAUGGGUUGGAGGCCGGCAAACGUUACGGCUGCAUAGUGAGGAAGAAGGUCAUGCUUCUGGAGGAGUUAAAGAGAGACACUCCUGAGUUUGGCUGGCGGUUCGGGGCUGUGUACGGAAAAUCGGGAGUGUUUCCCAGCGAGUUUGUCCGUCCUGUGGCCGCUCCAGACUUCCUUGUACUUCCUGCUGAGCGCGUAGAGCCUCGAGACAGACAGGGACGAGUCGCUGCAUCUGCUGCUAUUGCCGUGGCGAUGGGCUCAGCAGUAGCUGCCCAUGAGCUUGACCUUUCCACAGAGGUAGUAAAUGAGAUGUAUGGGGACAGUCUGAGUGUCCAACUGGACGAUCUGCCUCUGCACAGCAGCCAGUACCACAUGGCUGAGUUUGCCAAGAAGUACUUCAGAGAGGCGCAGAGGAUCAAAAGUGAUCAGAAAGCAAAAAAGGGGAAGGAGGGCAGGGACCCUGUUGACAUGGUCAAAUUCUCCAAGUCUCCCAUCCAGGAGUCUUUAAUCGACUUCUCAGACAGCGGGAUGAACAGAGUGGCUGCUGACAUCUUCUUAGACAUAAUGAAGUUCAUGGGAGACUUCCCACUGAAAGGUCAGACUGAACAGGACCUGGUCACCUCUAUACUGAAGUUAAGUGGCGACCAUGGCCUGAUAAAGGAUGAAGCCUACUGCCAGGUGAUGAAGCAAGUUACCGCCAACACCAGCUCCAAACCGGACAGUUGUCAGAGAGGAUGGAGGCUGUUGUACAUCCUCACAGCUUUCCAUCGCUGCUCUGAUGUGAUGAAGCCAUUUCUGAUGAAGUUCCUGCAGGACGCCUGCGACAGCCCCGGGAUGCAGUACCAAGGGAUUGCCAAGGCAUGUGAGCAGAAUCUGAGGAGGACUUUUCAAUAUGGCGGACGUAUACAGUUUCCCAACAGCAUGGAACUCAAAGCUAUGCUGGCUGGGCGGAGCUCCAAGAGACAGUUGUUCCUCCUGCCAGGUGGGAUCGAAAGGCACUUGAAAAUCAAGACGUGCUCUGUUGCUUUGGAUGUCAUCGAGGAGCUUUGCUAUGAGAUGGGACUACAGAGGGCGGAGGCUUUGGAUGAAUAUGCCAUCUUUUUGGUCACACACAAAGGUCAGAAUGUGCGUCCCCUGAACAAGCGCGAGUACAUCCUGGACAUUGCUACAGAGGCGGAGCCAGUGGAUUCCAACUACAGUCUGUGGUUCAGGAGAGUCAUAUGGAGUCUGGCCUUAAAACUUGACAACGAACUCUAUGUGACCAUGCACUAUAAUCAGGUGUUGCCAGACUACCUGAAGGCCUUGCUGAGUGUGGUUCCUCCAGGUAAGGCCAGUGACCAGCACAUGAAGCAGAUCGCCAGACUGGCUGCCCUACAGCACCGUGCCAAGGACACUGUCUACCUGCCCACCCUCCGUGAGGUGCAGGAGUGUGUCCCUCCACAGUUCUACAUCAAACAGGGUUCACAGCAUUGGCUGAAUAUGGCAACUCAACACAUGCAGCAGGUCCAGCCCUUAAACCCACACCAGGCUCGAGCACAGUUCCUUGGUCUGGUCAGUGCCUUCCCCAUGUUCGGCUCCUCCUUCUUUUACAUCCAGAGCUGUAGCUCCGCCUCCAUCCAUGCCCCGUGCAUCCUGGCCGUAAAUCUGAAUGGACUGCACUUUCUUAACAAGGAUACUCAUGAGGCCAUGGUGCGUUUCCCUUUAAAGGAGGUACAGUCAACUCGCACUCAGAGGCCAACUUCAGGCUCCAGUUAUCCAUAUGUGGAGAUCAUGAUAGGAGACCUGCUCAACCAGCACAUCACACAGCUACAGCUGGAGCAGGGCCUGGAGCUGUGCCGAGUCAUUGCCAUGCACAUUGAGAACAUGUUGUCAGUCAGAGAAAAGAGACUCACUUUGCCGCCAAGUGAAAUCACCCUGCUAUGACACGAACACACACAGAGAAGUCCCACUUUAUGCCUUAUAAAUGCACUGUAUCUACCUCUAUAUAUAAAAUUGAAUAUUUUGAUAUGUAAAGCUAAUGUUUCUGUAAUGUGACGAAUGUACGGUGACGAUGUUGAUGACAUACUUUGAAAUCAUAAUUUAUCCACAGCCAACCAACAGUCCAAAACCCUUAUUCAGUUUGCUAAUAUAGAAGAGUAAGAAAACCAGCAUCUUAUAUUCAUUAUUCCCAGUUGAGAAGCUAACAAGUGACUUUGGAGGCAUUUGCUUAAAAAAAGCAAAUAAUAAUAGUAAAUUAUUAUUCCCACAGCACAUGCAAGAAGGAUAAAUGUCCUUUCAGACUGAAUUCAUUAAUGUUUUAGUUUGACAUUUUUAGCCAAAACUGUUUAAUAGCUUGUCUGCCAUGACUGCUUUAAAGGGCUGAGACUAUAAUUGAUAGUUUAGCCUGCUGUAACUUCCCCACUUCAGAAGAACUAAUUUGAUUAGCAUUAAACCUAGGGCAACUUUCAAUAGAAAUGCCAUCUUGCAAGACCCCUGUGGUGGUUGGCUCUCUACAAAGAAACUGAAAUGUGCAAAACUUAAACAAGUAACUAGCAGAGUAAAGUAUAACCUUAUCUUCCGUUGAACACUAACAGAUGCCUGUGGUUUAACAUGAUACAUCAUUUUUCAUUAGGCUUGGUGCCUUAAUGCAAGAUUAAUCAGCCACAGGAACAGGCCACAAUUUAAAUGAUUUUUUUUCUUCUUAUUUUCUUCGCUAUCAUGAAAUCAAGGGAAAGUCAUGACAAACACAACAGAAUAUUUUGGCACACAGUUAAAGGCCACAUCACUGACCUGCACUAAUUAAGGUGAUUAUUUGUACAAUGAUAUAUUUGUGUAAAUAGCUGUUGUACAUAUCUAAUGCAUGUGAAUAAUGUUGUACAUUAAAGUUUGUAGCAUUAAUUA